AUGAUGAAUGCGGGAUGUGCGCGGGAUGUGCGCGGGAUGUGCGCGGGGAUGCAGCGGGGUGAGCGCGGGGAUGCAGCGCGAUGUGAGCGCGGAUGCGGCGGGGAUGCGGGGGGAUGUGCGCGGGGAUGCGGCGGGACGAGCGCGGAGAUCCAGCGCGACGUGCGCGGGAUGUGCGCGGGGAUGCAGCGCGACGUGCGCGGGAUGUGCGCGGGGAUGCAGCGCGACGUGCGCGGGAUGAGCCCGGAGAUCCGGCGCGAUGUGAGCGCCAUGUGCGCGGGGAUAGAGCGGGACGUGCGCGGGAUGUGCGCGGGGUGCGCUCGGGCUGUGCUCGGACCCGACCCUGCCGCUCCGCGCCCGCGGUACUCGCCUGGCGCAGCAUCCCCGGCCCGGGCCCGCUCCCGGGGGGCCGCAGCGAGCUGGGGCGGAGAGGAGGCGGCGGAGGCGGAGGAGCCCCCCCGUCCCUCCUGGAUCCCUCGCAGAGGCGGCGGCCGCGGGACCAAGGUCACCCCGCAGCGACUACAAUUCCCAGGAGGCAGCGAGAUCCCGGGAAAAGGCCCGGGGGGAGCGGGGGAAGAGUGAGGGGUCCGCUCCAGACCCCUCCGAGCCGCCUUCCCCCUGCAUUUUCCUCUUCUUCCCCAUCGGAGCUGGGAUGUCCCAUCCCAGGGGAUGACGGCGCAGUUUUUGAGAAUCCGGCACAAACAGACGCGGAUCUAUUUCGGGAUUGGAA